AUGUCCAAACGACCCAUUAGCGCACAAUCUAAGACGGCAUGGGGAGACUACGGCGGAGGAUCGAACCCCGGCUCCCAGUUCGACUUUAAUAAGGACAAAAUCCGGGACGAUCCCGAUCUGAUCACGCCGGACGAUGAGCUCGUUAGCCCAGAGAAGCAGCGGCCGCUCAGCGCCAAUGCCUCUCCUGCCAAAGAGGAACCGACGACGAUCCUUGGGAAAAUCGCUCGAGGAAUCCGAUCCAUCUGGAUGACGAAAGACACGGAGAACGUAGCGGAGGACAAGGAACUGCACGUGAAAACAACGCUGCGCGAGCUCAUCGUGUACUGCGUCUUCCUCGCAAUACUCACAACCGUGGCGUUCGGGAUGACUGGGCCUGAUAUGUUCUACUACUCGAAGGUGGUCAGUGACGUGUUCCUAGACUCUGCGGGCGACGGCGACGGCACUUUUCGAGACAUAACAAGCGUCGACGACUUCUGGACGUACGCCCAAGGUCCCCUCCUUCAAGGUGCCUACUGGGAGACAUGGUACAACGGCCAGCCGGUCCCGGAGGAGCAGUUGGGCUACGUUUACUACGAGAGCAAGCUGCUCGGAGUACCGCGCAUGCGCCAGCUGCAGGUGCACAGCAACUCUUGCGUCGUGCACGACGAUUUUAAGGACGUAAUCAGGGAGUGUUACGACAAGUACGCUGACUCGAUCGAGAACAAGCGGCCGUUUGGCGUCCAGGAUAACAUGACGGCGUGGUACUACCGAUCAGAAGACGAGCUGGAAGGCUCGAGCCACUGGGGCCUCCUUGCCACCUACAGCGGGGCCGGGUACGUGCAGAACCUCGGUACGAACCUCACCCAGGCCACCGACACCAUUCAGUACCUGUAUGACAACCUGUGGGUGCAGCGUGCCACACGCAUUGUCCUCAUUGACUUCACGCUCUACAACGCCAACAUCAACCUGUUCUGCGUCGUCAGACUGACGGUGGAGUUUCCGCCGACUGGCGGGGCCAUACCACACUACUCACUGCGCACCGUGAAACUCCUACGCUACGUAUCGGUGAUGGACUACUUUGUGAUGGCAUGCGAGUUCAUAAUGGUCGUCUUCAUCCUCUACUACUCCAUUGAGGAGGCCAUCGAGAUCCGAAAGCACAGAUGCGAGUAUUUCAAGAGCGUCUGGAACAUCCUGGACCUCCUGGUGAUCCUGAUCACGGUCAUCUGCGUGGCGUUCAACGUGUACCGGACCAUCGCCGUAGACAGCCUCCUAAAGGAGCUGCUCGCCAAGCCCGAGGAAUACGCCAACUUUGAAUUCCUCGCGUACGGACAGACGCAGUUCGACAACGCCAUCGCCAUUGACGUCUUCCUGGCGUGGAUCAAGAUCUUCAAGUACAUCAGCUUCAACAAAACGAUGACACAGCUCUCAUCCACUCUGGGCUCUUGUGCCAAGGAUCUGGCGGGCUUCGCGGUGAUGUUCUUCAUCAUCUUCAUUGCGUUCUGCCAGCUCGGCUACCUACUGUUCGGCGCGCAGAUCAAGGAAUUCUCAAACUUCAUGACUGCAUUCUUCACGCUUUUUCGUAUCAUACUGGGCGACUUUGACUUCAACGCCCUGGAGCAAGCCAACCGCGUGCUCGGACCGAUGUUCUUCAUCCUAUAUGUGUUCUUCGUGUUCUUCGUUCUCAUUAACAUGUUCCUGGCCAUCAUCAACGACACCUACUCCGAGGUGAAGGGAGAUCUCGAGAACCAACCGAACGAGCUGGAGAUGGGAGACUACUUCAAGAAGAGCUACGAGAAAAUGCUGACCAAGCUGAACCUGAAGCAAGAAAAGAUCGCGGACAUCCAAACGGCCCUCAACAAUGCCGACCUGAACAACGACAAGAAGGUCGACUUUGGCGAGUGGAGACAGGACCUCAAAAUGCGAGGCUACGCGGACGGCGAGAUUGAGGCCCUGUUCGCCAAGUACGACGGAGACGGAGACCGGGUACUUAACGAGACGGAAAUAGGCAACAUGAAUUUGGACCUCAACGACCAGAAGGCGGCUCUUUCGAAGGAGUACAAUGAUCUGCAGCGUCCGGAAAGCGGUCGGCGCUCCACGAGCAGGGUGAGCUUCAACGACGACAGCGAGGGCGAGGGCGAGGAACAGGACGAACUCUCAAAGUCUGCGAGAUCUACGCGGUCAGGCGUGGUUUCCGGUGUAUCGUAUGAGGAGUUCACUGUGCUGUCCCGGCGCGUGGACCGGAUGGAGCAUGCGAUUGGCAGCAUCGUCUCCAAGAUAGACGCCGUGCUGCUAAAAUUCGAGACAUUCGAGAAAUCGAAAACAAAGCAAACAAAAACCACGCCUAAGGUACUCGACAAAACAUCAGAGUCAGAGAAAAACACUGGAACACCCCACUCAGAUAUGGUGGAGGACUUAGUGCGACAGAGGCUCGAGAAAUGGGACAGCGGAGAAUCGUCGGUGUCGGUGAUUAGCUUGUCGGCACAGCAGCCCGUGAGUCGAAGCGUCUCCCCGCUCCCAAAACGUGCAGCCGACAGCAGGCCCUCGUCGGCUAGGUCCGUCAGAAACACGACCUUCAUAGACGAAAUAUAGAAGAACACGUUUCAGAACAGCGAAUAAACACGCAUAUUUGUGGUUUAUUAUCUUUUUUCAGUAAUAGCUGAUUGGUAUUUAUUCACAUAGAUUCGUACUACA